AUCAAUCACACGCGCCCCAUUUGACUCACUGCCUGCCUGGGUCUCAACGGGUUGCCUUUGAACACGCUUGCGCACCCCACGCCGACCGUGCCCCAGCGAUAGGCACCGACUCUCACUUUCGCGCCCACUCCUACGCCCAUACUCCACCAUGAGCGCCUCUACACACGACGUUUUGUCCAGCGGCGACGACCGACAGCCUACUGUCGACGCCGCUCUCGGCAGUUCAGACCCCAUGUCCCUCGACACCUACGUGUUCCCCCAGGAAAGGCUGAAGACGACGCUUUCAGAUUCUACGAAGCAGCCGCUCGUUCUUGUGUCGUGCGGUUCUUUCUCACCGCCCACCAACCUUCACCUUCGCAUGUUCGAGGAGGCUGCCGACUUUUGCGAGUUCGAAACCAACUACGAAGUUGUCGGUGGUUUCUUCAGUCCUGUCGGCGACGCAUACAAGAAAGCCGGACUGGCACCCGCGACCCACCGGAUAAACAUGACGCGGAUAGCUGUCCGUGAUAGCUCUAAUUGGAUCAGUGUCGAUCCUUGGGAGCCGCUGCACAAGGAGUAUCUCCCCACCGUCAAGGUUCUAGACCACUUCAAUCACGAACUGAACGAAGUGCUCGGUGGGAUUGAAACGCCGGACGGCGAGAAGAAGUCGAUACACGUAGCCCUCUUGGCUGGCGCCGAUCUUAUUCAGACUAUGAGCACACCGGGUCUGUGGGCCGCCGAGGACCUCGAGAGAAUACUCGGACACUACGGUGCUUUCAUCUUGGAGCGCAGCGGGACAGACAUCGAUGAUGCUCUCCUUACUCUACAACAGUAUCGUGAGAAGAUUUGGGUCAUUCCGCAGCUGAUCCAGAAUGAUGUGUCAUCCACUAAGAUCCGGUUGUUCCGGAAGAGGGGAAAGAGUAUUCGAUACUACAUUCCGGACAAGGUUGUAGACUACAUCUACGAACACAAUCUGUAUGUGGACGACGACAAAAAGCAAGCGGAGAAGGGCAAGGACAAGAUCUCGCCAGAUGCCCAGGGGUCUUCGACAGCUGCGACAGCGUCUUAAAGCAGCCGGCCAUCACUCGAUUCAUUUGAAACGAUGCCUACCCUGAAUUUUCGGAAUGCCCAGAUUCGUCCGCCCAACGAACACCAAUGACAUGGCAAUCACACGGUUUCCUUAUUGUAUUUGAACGUGGCUGCAUA